AUUGAAUUUGCUGUUCAGAUGGUAUGUGGUGAUUGUGAACAAAGAGUUAAAAAGGCACUGGACAAUGUAGAAGGAAUAAAUAAUGUAACAAUUAAUCGUGAUCAAGAACAGGUUAUAGUAGAAACCACCUUACCAUCCUCACAUAUUCAAGCACUAUUAGAGAAAACAGGGAAAAAAGUUGCUUUAACUGGACAGAGUGCAGGAGAUAGUAAUCAUUUAGGAGCAGCUGUAGUGAUAUUAGAAGCUGGUAAUAGUCUGAUUAAAGGUGUAGUUAGGUUUAUACAAUCUGAUCAAAAUAAAUGUAUUAUAGAAGGUACUAUUGAUGGUUUACCUGAAGGUCAUCAUAGUGUCUGUAUACAUCAAUAUGGUGAUAUUUCUCUUGGGUGUAAAAGUUGUGGACCUGUAUUUGGUAAUUUGGGAUUAAAGGAAAAAGUUAGUAUAGUAACAGAACUUAAAGUUGGUGAAUUAGGUCGAGGGGAAUUUAGAAUAGAAAAUAAAGAUGUUAAAGUAUGGGAUAUAAUUGGUCGGUCAUUGGUUGUACACCAAGGAAAAUAUUUUUUAGAUACAGAUACAGAUAAAAGACUAUCAUGUGGAAUUAUCGCUAGAUCUGCUGGCAUUUUUGAAAAUUCUAAGAAAAUCUGUACAUGUGAUGGAACAACAAUCUGGGAUGAAACAGAAAAAGCAAAAAAGACAUCAUGA